AUGUCUGACUCAACAGAAAUCUAUGAAAGCUCUGCCAUUGACAAUAGCUUGUCAAGAAAGGUAAAAGAUAUAGCCGCAGGGUUUGUAGGUGGAGCCACCCAAGUUUUGAUAGGCCAGCCAGCAGAUCUAGUCAAGAUUCGACUUCAAACAACUUCAGCAACUUCUUCCUCGCAGGUGAUCAAAGAUGUUAUCAAAAACGAGGGCGUACUUGCAUUUUAUAAGGGUACAUUGCCACCACUUUUUGGGGUAGGUGUUUGUGUAUCACUUCAGUUCUAUGGUUUUCACGAGGCAAAGAGACAAAUCUUGCAAUACACAGGUAAAUCACAAAUGAACCUUUGGCCUGAGACUUAUAUUGCAGGUGCUGUGGCCGGUGUGGUAAAUACCCCUGUUACUGCUCCUGUAGAGCAAUUGAGGAUUCUUAGUCAAUCGUCAGGAGAACUGAUUUCGCUUACAUCGACGGUGAAAAAGAUUUUUGCCCAACGCGGAAUACGAGGCAUAUACCGUGGAUUUGAUAUCACAUUGAUUAGAGAGUUACAAGCCUAUGGUGUAUGGUUUUUAACCUACGAAGCGCUUAUAAAGAAAAUCACCGAGUUGCAUAAUUAUAAAAGCAGAGACGAGAUUGGGACACCAGAGUUGCUAGCUAGUGGUGCGCUAGCAGGUAACGCAUUGUGGCUAAGUUCUUACCCAUUGGAUGUGAUAAAGUCCAAUGUGCAAAGUGACGGAUGGGGCGCCAAUAGCAAGUUUGAUGGAAGUGCCAUCAAGGCAGCGAAAUACAUCUUCAGUCACCAUGGAUUAACUGGAUUUUGGAGAGGAAUAGUUCCUUGCUUGCUAAGAGCUGUACCAUGUAGUGCAGGCACUUUUGCAAGUGUAGAGUUAGCGCUUAGGCUUAUGGGGUAA